CUUAUUUUUCAACAUGUCGAGCGCAAAGCAAGCUGCUCCAGCCGCGGCGGCGGCAGGUGUACUGGACCUCCUGGUGUGUAUCGGUGGCAUUUACACGUGCUACUUGUCCUACGGCAUCUUCCAAGAGAAAAUCUUCAAGUAUCGCGACGCCGACAGCCACAAGUUCACGUCGACGUUGUUCUUGCUCUUCAUCCAAUGCAUCUUCAACUCCUUCGUAGCAUACAUUGCGACAUUCAUUUGGGUCCCCAAGAACAAGAAUGUCCCGCUCGGUCCGUUUGCGUUCUCAGCGUUUUCGUACUUGGGCGCCAUGUUGUGCAGCAAUGAAGCCCUCAAAUACGUCAACUACCCCACCCAAGCCCUGGGCAAAUCGUGCAAGAUGAUUCCGGUCAUGUUGAUGGGCGUGGUUCUUGGCCGCAAGAAGUACUCGUGGAAGGAGUACGUGUCGGUGAUCUUGAUCACGGCUGGCAUUGUGAUCUUCCAGCUGGGCAAGGAUUCGUCCAAGGGCAGCGGCAAGCAGCAACAGACCGAGAACAGCGUGUACGGCCUCGGGCUGCUCUUCGUGAGUCUCUUUCUGGACGGCCUCACCGGAUCAGGCCAGGAGCAAAUGGUCGAGCAGCACAAGCCUUCCGUGCACCAGCAAAUGCUCAACACAAACGUCUGGGCAGUCAUUUACACUGGCAUUGGCUGCGUGAUCACGGGCCACGGCAUCCAUGGGCUCAACUUUUGCUUGGCCAACCCCGAGAUUUACCAGUCGCUGCUGUACUUUUCCAUUUGCAGCGCAUUGGGCCAGAACUUUAUCUACUUCACCCUGCAGCGGUUCUCGGCCCUCACCUGCACAACCAUCACCACCACGCGCAAGUUCUUCACGAUCCUCGCGUCCGUCAUGUACUUUGGCAACCCCCUCGCCGACCAGCAAUGGGUCGGCGUCGGCGUCGUCUUCACCGGCAUUGGCAUUGAGUUGACCACCAAGUAUGCCAAGUAUGGCGCCGCCCAAGCCAAGAAGGCGGACGAUAAAAAGACACGAUAAAUAUUGUGCUUUCGAGGGAAAUUUCGUGGUUUCUCGUUGGAAUUUCAAUCGAUUUGAUUGCCUCCUUCAGAAGAGCUCAAAAUUAUUAGCCAAUCAAAACCCAUUUCUCAAUGAAAUUUAACCAAUCAGAUCGAUUGUGGAUCGGUUUGGUCGGCGCGAUUCGAUUGCACCCCCUCCCCAAAUUUGUAUCAAAUCGACAAUA